UUCACUACUCCUUACCACUGGCAGAACAACACGAUCAGGCCGUUCCUCCUCCAUCGCUGGGGUGGACUGGGCAACCAUCGCUACCAGGUUGGCUUCUCUGGAGACGUCUUCCCUAGCUGGGAUUCUCUUCAUUUCCAAGUCAACUUCACUCUGCGGGCGACAAACGUGGGGUUUGGCUACUGGAGUCAUGACAUUGGAGGACACUUGGCCCCCACUCCUCCAGAACUAUUCACCAGAUGGAUCCAGUGGGGGGCCUUCUCCCCCAUACUCCGAACCCACUGCAAAAAGAACUAUGAUACAUACCGGAGAAUAUGGCUCUACCCCACUUAUAACUAUGAGAUAAUGCGGAGGUUCCUGAUUCUGAGGGCCUCCCUCGUCCCCUACAUCUACAGCAAUGCCAGAGUGGCGUACGACGAGGGACUUUCCCUCCUCAGACCACUCUACUACUAUUACCCAGAGGCCCCUGAAGCCUACUCGUAUGACCACCAGUACAUGUUUGGUUCAGAUCUUCUGGUGGCGCCCGUCACUCAGGAGAUGGACCCCAUCUACCAGAUGGUUACCAAGGAGAUCUGGAUCCCUGAGGGUUCCUACAUCUCGUGGUUCAGUGGAGAGAGACUGACAGGGCCUCAGGUUGUCACCAGGUCCUUCACUCUGCCCGAGAUGGCAGUCUAUACCAGAGAGGGUAGCAUCAUACCAAUGAGGACAGAUGACUUCUCACCUCUUGGGUCUGCACAGGAGAUCCCUGACAAGUUGAAGUUUGUGGUUUUUGUUGGAAAAGCUACCAGAGGAGAGUCGUGGCUGUACGAAGACGAUGGGAAGACAACAGAGUAUUUAUCCAGCAAAACAUCCAACACAAGCAUCUCCUUCUCCCUGAACACUACCGAGAGUGUCCUGGAUAUCAUUAUUGGACCAACGAAGGGGGGUUUCACUGGUCUCCCCUCAUCCCGUCAGUACCAGAUACAGUUACCCUCCUUCUAUCCAGCCGACAAGGUGAAUGUACAGGGACAAGAUGUGCCAUAUGUUUCCCUGGGAACCUCUUUCUCUGACUACAGUAAAGACUGCUGGACCUACGAUGGCAAGUUAGUACCAGCCACUCCUCCACUAUCAGUCAUUACCGUGGGUGUUGUUCCCCUACAGCUCGCUGUCACUGGUGGUCAAUAUUGUGUCCUCCCACUCUCUGUAUACUCCACUAGCUGUCAGCAUCUCCUUUCCCUCCUAUGCUGAGGUUGACCCAAUAACCACAUAUCCUGGGUUUACUGGCAGAGUGGCUCGGUUCCAGGCUGCAAAACAGACUCUGGACAUGCAGUGGGGCAAGGAUACAGUGUACCAGGAAGACUACCCCGCUCUACUGAUGGCCACUGAGAUUGGCGAACGCAUCACCUACUCUCCUUCCUCCUACACCUCUCUUCUCCCCAAGUUUGAACAGUACGCCCUCUCUGCAGUGGAUGAGCUGAUGGUCCUGAGCAAUCUCAACAGCACUGUAAAGGAGCAACUUGUGGCUCAAAUUUCUUCAAUUUAACGUCAAAAACUUUAUACAUGAACACCAAUAAUGUUCAUUAUAAUUUGUGUAUAUUACAUGAUUCAAUCUAAGAUUGGUCAGAGUCUAGGUGGUCAUAGUCGGAGGUGAACCGAGGGAGAGGGGGAGUGGCAAGAACAUCAAGACUGCCACCUCGAGGAACUUCAUACGAUGAACUCAUUCUUCUCAUACUUAUCUGUAGAGGUGUGUAGUGUCGCUGUAGAGAUUGGUGCUUAUCAGGGGAGCCGGAGGGUCCCGGGGUGUGUGGCUUAUCAGGGGAGCCGGAUGGUCUCAGGGGGUGUGGCUUGUCAUCAGGUGUCAGGGUGUCAGAGACGACGGGGAUGGAAGGUCGCGGAAACUCAUCAGAGUUCAUGUAACCCUCUGACCCUAUUGACAUGAGACGAGGCUGCUCUGAAAUUGAAGGGGUGUGGUCAGAUGAUGAGUGGGUGUGUCUUGAGUGACUGGCUCGCAUUUCCUGCCAGUAUUGGUCCACAAAUAUUUCAUCAUAGUCAUCAACUUCAUCAAGGGCAGGGGCCUUGGGGGGCUCACCCCUAACUAGUUGAGAACAAUUGGGUGGAACCACGGCAGCUCUGGUACGAGGGACAGUACAUGAUCUUCCAGUCACAACCCCAGUCCUCGGGACAUGGGAAUAGGCGUACGAGUACUCGAGAGUCAUCCUGGGCUGGAGGUAGGGCUGCGGUCUCAGGUGACUGCGUCGGGAGAAGGAACUGGGAAUGGUGUAAUCAUCUUCAUCGAGAUAGGGAGCCGGCAAUGAGCCAGUUGACAGUCUUCGCUGGAACCGAGGGGAGCGAGGAAGCCCUACGUGAGGCUGUAUGGCUUCCUCUGAGUAUGACCUCAGCAAAGAGGCGUGGUGGGCGGGUUCCGAGGGAGUGACCAAACCCUCUGGAGGAAGGGGUGGAGUUUGAACUCCGACUUGCGGCUGGGGAGUUUUCCUGGAGGAGAGGUGUCGGGGUUUUGGUUUACGGGGGGCGGAGUUUUCCU